CGUCUUGUCGUGUUCAACGUUUGGAGACCUGUUAAGAUCGUGGAAGACAAUCCUCUUGCUAUUUGUUAUUGGGAUUCAAUCAAGGAAGGAGAUACAUCAGAAUUCGUACUCGAGCCUACAAGCCGUGCGAACGCAAUCCAGACAUGGAAUUUCAAGGAUCAUCAAAAAUGGGCAUACUUGUCAAACCAGAAACCGGAAGAGGCAUUUGUCUUCAUGCAGCAUGACAGUAAGGGAAAGGGAGGACAUGGAGUGAAUGUGCCACAUGCUUCUGUUGUCCUGCAAGGCCAAGAAGGCAAACCAUCCACCCGCCAAAGCUAUGAAUUCAGGAUUGCAGUCAUCAUGGAUGAUGAACCA